CCUGCAUGCAAGUGUACCAGCGAACCUGGUAAGCCUUCUAACGAACGACGCUGGUUUUGCUUUGAUCAUUUGCAAGUUGGUAUACGGUAGCUUUCCGAUUUCUUUUGGCCCGGAAGGUACGAAGAAUGCUCCGUGUAAGGAUAGGUCCGAGGUGCCAAGCCUCGAACUGCUACAGUAAUUCCUUUAUGACCAAAACACGUCAGGGUCCGAUUGUCCUGCUAAGCAAGUCACGUGGAUACCUCACAAAGGCCUAUAAAUACCCCCAGGGGCCACCUCAGAAAGGUCUUCCCAGAGUACAAGUGCGGAUUGAAGAAGGACUCCUGGUUUGGUGCAAUUACAUUGGCGCCAUCUGUGGGAAUCGAACCGAAAGCUUUCUGAUUGCUCUUCCAUCAUGGUUCACACUCGAUCAAUUCGAGCUGGUCCCAAUUGUGUUCCCUCCUGUUGAUCAUGCAGAAGGAGGAGAUGAAAACCAACCUCAUACCUCAGCUCACAAUUCAACUUCCACUACCAACCAAGACGUAGUGACAGCUCAGCUUGCUGCCAUGCAGCAACAGUUCGAUGGUCAAUCCCAUAUAGCACCCGCUCAACAACCCAUCCCCGAUGAUGUUACUCGCCGUCUCGAUAGCUUGGAAAAGCUAGUAGCUGAACACCGAGGUGCUCCACCCCCACACCAUGCUGUUGAUUCUAUACCUCACCCUCUGAAUACCAACAUUACUCUAGAACCCUAUCCUGCUGGCUUCAAAAUACCACAACUGGAGACUUACAACGGGACGAAGGAUCCCGAUGACCACCUGCAUGCUUUCUACUCUUGUAACGCCCGAACUUGGUAUUACAGUUUACCUCCGAGGUCAAUUAGCUCGUAUACAGAAAUGGCAUCUGCCUUUGCCACUAAGUUUUCCAGUAGAAGGUUGAUUAGGAAAACUACUUCUGAGCUGAUGAGAAUUAAACAGAGGGAUGGAGAAUCUCUCAAGAACUAUAUGAGCAGGUUCAAUGAUGCGGUAUUGGAGGUUAGUUCCUUUGAUCAAGCUGUGGGGAUUGCAGCUGUGAUCUCCAGUCUUAAGCAUGACAGGUUCAGAGACAGUUUGAUCAAACAUGCUGCCACCACCUUCAGCGAGGUGAACGAUAGGUCUCUGAAGUUUAUAACCGCUGAGGAGUAUGCCCUGGCGCAGAAUCCGACUCCCACUAAGAACCAGAACCCAGAGUGGAGAGAUGACAAUCCGAGCCGGAAAAGGAUGAGGAUGGCGCAGAACCGAGGUCCAGUGUUGACCUCCCCACCGAGAUUCGGAAGGCCGAACUCCACACCCCCGCAACAAUUUGCAGGUAAACCUCCAGUUAAUUGGACUCCCUUUAAUCUGCCAAGGUCACAUAUUUUUAUGCAGAUUAAGGACAAAAUGGACUUGAGACGUCAUGGCCCAAUGCGAACUGCUGCUGCUAGUCGAGACCAUACCAGAUAUUGUGAUUUUCACCAAGAUCACGGCCAUACUACAGAGCAGUGUAACUAUUUAAGGUCCGAACUGGAGAGUUUAGCUCAGAAAGGAACGCUGAAUGAGUAUGUUCAGAGAGCUGAACAACCGAGGUUUGUCAGAGAGCAGAGGCCGCAGCCUCAAGGAGCCCGCAAUCCCCCAAAUAGACAAGGUGUGGGAUAUCAACAAGCCCCACCUCCGCUCCCACCACCAGCUAGAAUCAUACACAUGAUUACGGGAGGCCUUGAAGCAGGGGGGCUGAGCCUAAACAGCGAAAGCUUUGUUACACCCCACAAUGAUCCUGUGGUCACUUCUGUCAUGAUCAAUAACUAUGAAGUACAGCGUGUCCUUGUUGACACUGGGAGUGCACCAGACAUCAUGUACUUCCACUGUUUUGAGAGUCUGGGACUAGAUCCAGCAUUGUUGCAGAAAUAUGAUGGUCCUAUAUAUGGUUUCAACAACCAACUUGUUCCGGUAGAAGGAGUUCUUACCCUCCAUGUGGCUUUUGGGAGUGGCCGAACCUAUGUAACCCCUUCAGUUCGGUCCCUCGUCGUCAAGAUGGCAUCCUCUUUCAACAUUGUCAUUGGCCGACCCACAUUGACUGAAAUCCGAGCUGUGCAAGUUAUGGGUGUAGAGAUCGUCGAUAAUCGACCGGAUGAUGAAGCCAGAGCUGCUUCAGUCGAAGAUGUUGAAGAAGUGCUCGUUGAUGACAGAGAUCCGAGCCGAAAGACACAGAUUGGAACUAGAUUGAACCCAAAGGAAAAGGCAGAGUUAAUAGCUUUUCUCCGAGUCAAUAAUGAUGUAUUCGCAUGGACUUCGGCAGAUAUGCCAGGAAUUCCAAAUUCAGUAUGUCAACAUAAGCUCAGUACCAACCCAUUGAAGAAACCAGUGGCCCAGAAGCGGCGUCUCUUCGGGGGUGAGAGGCUUCAGGCUAUUAAAGAAGAGGUGGAGAAGCUCCUACAGGCUGGUUUUGUCAGGAAAGUUGAUUACUGUGAAUGGGUGGCUAACCCAGUCUUGGUGAAGAAGGCAAAUGGCAAUGAGAGGUUAAGCCUCUUGGAUGCAUAUUCUGGGUAUCACCAGGUGCCAAUGGCUCCCGAAGAUGAAGAGAAAACCUCGUUCUAUACUGGCGAUGAAAUUUAUUGCUAUGUCAUGAUGCCGUUUGGCUUAAAGAACGCUGGUGCUACUUAUCAGAAAAUGGUGACCAUCGUCUUCCUAGCUCAGAUCGGCAAGAAUCUAGAGGUGUAUGUCGAUGACAUUGUAGUAAAGAGUCGAAAAGCAGAAGACCAUCUAGCCGAUCUUGAUGAAACCUUCAACAACCUCAGAAAGAACAAGAUGCGGUUGAACCCAACAAAAUGUAUUUUCGGCGUGGAGUCUGGAAAGUUUCUGGGUUUCAUGGUGUCCCGAAGAGGGAUUGAGGUUAAUCAAGAAAAAAUUAGAGCAAUUGCCGAGAUGGAACCACCGAAAUCAGUAAAAGAUAUACAAAGGUUGACUGGAAGAGUGGCAGCCCUUCAUCGAUUCAUAUCGAAGUCAGCAGAUAAGUGCCUGCCAUUCUUCAAGAUCAUGGGGUCGGCUGCCCAGAAGGAUGAAUCAGGAAAACAGAAGAAAUUUGAAUGGAGUCAGGAGUGCCAGGCUGCAUUCGACGAGCUAAAGUCUUAUCUUAGCUCACCACCUCUACUGACUAAGGCUGAAGCCAAGCAACAGAAACCAAUCUAUUAUAUCAGCAGUGUAUUACACGGAGCAGACCUGAGAUAUCCUAUAGCGGAGAAAGCAGCACUAGCAGUUGUCACUUCGGCAAGGAAAUUGAGGCCAUAUUUCCAGUCACACCCAAUCAUCGUUCUCACAGAUCAACCUCUCCGACAGAUUCUGCAGAAACCAGAAUCUCAAGCACUAGCAGAUUUCAUUGUCAAAUGCACCCCAUGUCCUUCAACCUCUACUCCAGAGCCCAACGACUGGACCUUAUAUGUUAAUGGAGCAUCUAGUAGCAAGGGUUCAGGGGCUGGCGCUCUCUUGAUUGGUCCAGAAGGAUACCGAAGCGAACAUGCCCUGAAGUUCAACUUUGAUGCGACAAAUAAUAUGGCUGAGUAUGAAGCUUUGCUACUUGGUCUACAACUAGCAUUGGAGUUGAAAAUCAAUGCAAUUCAAGUAUACAGUGACUCCCAGUUGGUGGUAAACCAAAUUAACUCAAUUUGUGAAGUUGUUGAUCCCAUAAUGGUGAAGUAUGUAGCCUUGGUGGCCGAGCUGAAGUGCAGAUUCCAGAAAUUCUGUCUGAGUAAAAUCCCCCGAGCUGAGAAUGAACAGGCAGAUUCACUCUCCAAGUUCGCCUCUGACAGCUCUUUAAGUUCCAGAUCCGUUUUUGUAGAGAUCUUAGAUGAACCAAGCUUCAUGAAGCCUCGGGUGAUGGAGAUUAGCACAAACCCAGACACGCCGAGCUGGACUGAUUCAAUCGUCUCCUUUUUGCGAGAUGGGAUAGUACCUGAAGACAGGCAGGAGGCAAUGAAGUUGAGAAAGAAAGCAUCUCGGUAUACCCUCGUUGAUGGGGUGCAUGAAGGUGUCUGUGGGAACCAUGUCGGUGCUAGGACUCUGGCUCAUAAAGUCUUAAGGCAAGGAUAUUACUGGCCAAACAUGCAUAAAGAUGCCACUUACUUUGUUCAGAAAUGCCCGAAAUGUCAAUUCUUCGCACAUCUGACUCAUCAACUGGCAGAGGAACUCACGAACAUGGUAGCACCGUGGCCAUUUGUUCAGUGGGGAUUGGAUCUUUUAGGCCCAUUCGUGAAAGGGGUUGGAGGUGUAACCCAUCUGGCUGUUGGUGUGGAUUAUUUCACAAAUUGGGUAGAAGCUCGGCCUUUAUCUAGUCUUACCUCUAAGAAGGUCGAAGAUUUUGUUUUCAGCUCGAUCAUCUGCAGAUAUGGGAUCCCAAAUCAGAUUGUGGCUGAUAAUGGAACUCAAUUCAAUUGCUCCUCAUUCCGAGAUUUCUAUUCCAGUUAUGGGAUUAAGUUACAGUUCACCUCCGUUUACCAUCCGAAGUCCAAUGGCAUGGUUGAAUAUAUUAACAAAUGCAUUUUAGAAGGUAUAAAGCCGAUAUUAGAACAGCAUAAGGCCAAGUGGGCAGAUGAGCUCAACAACGUCCUCUGGGCAUACAGAACCACGAGCCGAACUGCCACAGGUAAAACACCCUACCACUUGGCCUUUGUCAGAGAAGAAGCUCGGCUUCGAACUCUUGUAUACAAGCAGAAGCUAGCCAACUUCUACAAUAAAUGGGUCCGCCCUCGAACUUUCAAAGUAGGAGACCUUGUUCUCAAAAAAGCUGGCCUAACGGGGUUUGAAACUCGUUUUGGCAAACUUGCCCCAAAUUGGGAAGGCCCUUAUGCCGUGGCCGAAGUGCCACAUCCUGAUGCCUAUAUUUUCCAAGACGCUGAAGGAAAGAGAGUUCCUAGAGUCUGGAAUGUCAAUAACUUGAAGAAAUUUUACCCUUAAUAAAAUUCUUUCAAGUGUUCUAGGUCUUACUGUUCUUUACGCUUCUCACUUCGUGUUUGUUGAGAUUCAUUUUACUGCUUAUUCUAUGUACCCGAGGUCAAUUAGUUCUUUCAUUUCUUGAACCUCACCUCUGAUUAAUAAAUGUCACUUCACAUA